GGGACCACCAGCAGGAUGGACUGAAUUUUAAGAGAACAAAGAACAGGGCACAAAGGAAGAGAGCUGAGCUGUGGGUUCCUCCCAGAACUGGAGAGUAUGCUGGAACUGAGCCAGGCCUCAGGCGGCCCUAGGGCUCCCCUGGAGUAGUGGGGCAUCCAAGGGGAUCUGGUGAAGCUCCAUCCCUGCUGGGCAGCUGGGACCCUGCUGAGAGUAGUAGUGCCUGUGUGUCCCCUGCUCUCAUCAAGUGCCCCUGUGAGCUACCCAUGUGACUGACUGAUUAGUGUGGUGGUUUAUCUCCUCUGAACUUGGACUUCGUCCCUCCACUGCUUGAGGACAGCUGCUCCUUCCCACAAGAGGGGGCUCAGUAAACCUCCGGAGAUCACCACUGGGGUUCCUGGUCUUCUGAGGGAUUCUGGUGGUGUCUUCAGGGACUAGGAGGAGCCGGUGUGAUACUGUGAGCCUAUGGUAAUCCUGGGCCCUAUGAUCUCCUCGUGACUUCCCCUCCACCCACUGGACUUGGACUUUAGAUCUGAACCCAGACUCAUCUGCUACCUGGGGGGACCCUCCUCCUCACCCCUCUGGCAAAAUGCCGAUCCUCAAGCAGCUGGUGUCCAGCUCAGUGCACUCCAAGCGCCGUUCCCGCGUGGACCUCACAGCCGAGAUGAUCAGCGCCCCACUGGGUGACUUCCGCCACACAAUGCAUGUAGGCCGGGCUGGAGACGCCUUUGGGGACACCUCCUUCCUCAAUAGCAAGGCUGGCGAGCUGGACGGGGCAUCCUUGGAUGAACAGGCCUCCUCCUCGUCUUCCAAACGCAGCCUCCUGUCCCGGAAGUUCCGGGGCAGCAAGCGGUCACAGUCGGUGACGAGAGGGGAUCGGGAGCAGAGGGACAUGCUGGGGUCCCUGCGGGACUCGGCCAUCUUCGUCAAAAAUGCCAUGUCCCUGCCCCAGCUCAAUGAAAAGGAGGCUGUGGAGAAGGGCUCCAGCAAGCUACCCAAAAGCCUGUCAUCCAGCCCCGUGAAGAAGGCUGCUGCCGAGGAGGGCGGCAAUGAGGAGGCAGGUGUCCAGGAGGCCAUGCCCCGGCGGAAUGGGGCCACAGGCCCCCACUCCCCCGACCCACUUCUUGAUGAGCAAGCCUUUGGGGACCUGACAGAUCUGCCCAUUGUGCCCAAGGCCAGCUAUGGGCUGAAGCAUGCAGAGUCCAUCAUGUCCUUCCACAUCGACCUGGGGCCCUCCAUGCUGGGUGAUGUGCUCAGCAUCAUGGACAAGGAGGAGUGGGACCCCGCAGAGGAGGAUGGCUGCUACCACGGCGACAUGGACCCUGGCUCUGUCACCCAGGCUCCCCUUCCUGCCUCGGCAGCCCCUCCCAUGGCGAGGCAGGAAGGCAAGGCCGGCCAGGACUUGCCCUACCGUGCUCUGGAGGAUGAGGGGUGGGCAGCAGCCGCCCCGAGCCCUGGUUCAGCCCGCAGUGUGGGCAGCCACACCACUCGGGACAGCAGCUCCCUGUCCAGCUACACCUCCGGCAUCCUGGAGGAACGCAGCCCUGCCUUCCGCGGCCAAGACAGGGCUCGAGCCGCUCUCACCAGGCAGCCAGACAAGGAAUUCUCCUUCAUGGAUGAGGAGGAGGAAGAGGAGGAGAUCCGAGUGUGAGGCCUGGGUCGCUCCAAGGAUUGGCUGCAUCUCCUCCCGGCCCCCACUCACUCUGACCUUUGACCUUGUAGUACAGGGGUAGCCAAGAUCCUUGUGCAUCAGGCCACAGACCCUGGACCUUGUGGAUAAGGGAGGAAGGAUAACGGCCAGAUCUGAGGGCCCUCAGCGGACCCAGGGAACUUCAUUCACCAUGCACAUCCUACCGUCCCUGAGGCUGUGUCCUUGAGGCAGGAGUCAGCUUUCCUCCCUGGGCCUCCCUUUUCUGCACCCCAGCCUCAGAUGGAUGCCACAUGUCAACCUGAGUUCCCGCUAUGUGCAACCCAGAGGCAGCCUUGGCUCCAGGGCUGGGAACACCUGACUGUCCUCUUCCCUACUGGUGUUUCUGCUGUGACCAGCGGUGAUGGCUGAUGGAGUGUGUGCAGCAGAAGGAAGGGGGUGGUCACACUGCCCAGCCCCUGCACCAGAAAGCGCGGGGCUCCUUGGAGCUGACCUGGACUGGGGGUGGGGGUGAGGGACACCCCAAAUGUGUACACUAAACGCAGCCCCUUCCAGGGGAAGAGAACAGGACCAAAAAAAAGGAAGCCCCCAGGCUUCUUGGAUUUUCAAGAAGGGCUCCUCCCAGGAUGACACUAGGAACGGGACUGGGGCGCUCACUGCUCAGUCCCCAGGGGUUGGUUUGUUCUUUAUUAUGUUUAAAUCCUUCUAGAGUAAUGUCAGGAUGGUGUUCAUAGUUCUGUCCCCAGAAGGGGACUCAAAACCCUUUUAGAAAACCUUGAUACAAAGUCUCCUGGAAAUUCACAGUGACUAUCAGAACAGUUAAAUCUGGGGACAUCCUUUGGCAAAGAAACCAGCUCAACAACAUUAGCACCUCCCAACUUUAUUCUUUAUUUAGAAUUAUACGGAGGGUGUCUGUUUGGUUUCCUCCCUCCCCAUGGCUAUUAACAGCAGAAGGCCAGUGUAGAAAGUCCUGGAGAAUGAUUUCUUUGAAAAGACUAUUUUACUCCUAUGGGGGUGGGGGGAGCUGCUCCUGGCUGGCCCUGCCCUCCCCUCUCCUUCCCUGUACACCCUGAGUCCCGGCUACUUCCCCCUCUUUCUUGGGCCCCUCCCCCACUUCCAAGGCUAGGUCCCUGAGGGUAGGGUUGCCAAAUUUAGCAAAAACAAAACCACCCAGAAUGCUGCAUUGAAAUUUAAAUAAAAGAACAUUUUUUAGUAUGAAUAUGCCCCAUGCAAUAUUUGGAACAGAUUUAUAUCAAAAAAAUUAUUUGUCAUUUUCCUGAAAUUCAAGUUUCACCCUGCAUCCUGUAAUUCUACCUGAGGGGAUUGAGCCAAAAGAAGCUUGGGGAUGGAGGGACUGCUGCUGACUGUUUUUCUGUCCUGCAAACAGGCUGACCCACCUCCCUGUAUCCACGGUAUCCAGGAGAGGGAGAGAUGGAACUGAUUAGGGCCCAGCUGGGGAGGGUCCCCCACAGGGCUCUGGCCUCCGAUGUUCUGCCAGUCCCUGAUUCCGAGACACUAACUUAGUCCCUAACUCAGUGCCCCCUUGGUGCUUCCGUUUGUAGUGGCUCAGUUCCCACGGUGGGGGAGGGCACGACCCCCACCAGCUGCCCUUGAAACCCAUCCAGGUCAGUUACAGAUUCUAAACUCUGUUUUUUUCAUGAUAUUGUUUAAAAAGUGAGGAAACAUUAAAAAAGCCCUAUAGCAUG